AUGGUAUUUGAAUCGAUAGUUGUUGAUGUUCUAAAUAGAUUUUUAGGUGAUUACGUUGAGAAUUUGAACAGAUCCCAGUUAAAGUUAGGUAUAUGGGGCGGAGAUGUAGUGCUAGAAAAUUUAAUAUUAAAGCAAAAUGCGCUGGAAGAACUCAACAUCCCAGUCCAAACAGUUUAUGGACAUUUGGGGAAACUCGUGCUUAAAAUACCAUGGAAGAACCUAUACGGCGCGUCCGUGGAGGCGACAAUAGAACGCCUCUUCCUGAUCGUGAACCCCACCGCCGAGGUCAAGUAUGAUCCGGAGAAGGAGGAGAAGAUGGCGUUGGCGGCCAAGCAGGCCGAACUGGCGAGAGUUGAAGAAGCGAAGAAGAAAGAAGCUUUGAAAGACGAGAACAAACUCGACGAGACGUUCGUCGAGAAACUGGUGACGCAGAUAAUAAAGAACGUUCAGCUGAAGAUAAGCGACAUCCACAUAAGAUACGAGGACAGCAUAACCAACCCGAAGACGCCCUUCUCGUUCGGCAUCACCCUGCACAACCUCUCCGUCCACACCACAGACGAGAACUGGAAGCAGACCGUCAUCCAGGAGGCCGUCACGAAGAUAUUCAAGAUAUUGAAUUUGGAAGGCCUAGCGAUCUAUUGGAACCCGGCCACCGAACUCUAUUCGAAGUCCGAACCGCAAGAAAUCAAGACCAGAUUGCACAAUGAAAUUGCUACGAAGUCAUCCCAGCCGUUAUCGUAUAAAUAUGCAUUGGGGCCAAUAAACGCCACCGCCAAGCUGCAACUAAACCCGAAGCCGGAGGGCGAUACGCCAAAGUUCAGCAUACCCAAAGUGGUACUAGACCUGGAUAUGGAGCAGCUCUCCGUCAAUCUGACUAAAGCGCAGUACCAAGACAUGAUGCUGUUGGCCGAUUCUAUGGACAGAAUGAAUAAAGGAGCACCCUAUAGGAAAUAUCGUCCGGACCUUAAGAAGUAUAAAGGCCACUAUAAGGAGUGGUGGCGCUUCGCAUACACCUGCGUACUGGAGGAGGAGGUGAGGAGGCGGCGCAGGAACUGGGACUGGACUCACAUGCUGGGCCACCGGCAGCUCUGCAAGGACUACGCCAACGCGUAUCAGUGCAAGCUUAGCAACAAGGGAAAAGUGAGCGCCGACCAGCAGAACUUGAUCUGCCGCGCAGAGAAGACGCUGGACCUGCUCAACUUGGUCGUCAUCAGGCAAAGGAUAGAGAUGGAGGUGGAGAGGCUUGGCAAGAUGGAGGAAGAAGCGCGGAAGUCUCGCGGUUGGUUCGGCGGCUGGUGGUCAAGAGGCACCUCUAAGGAUGAAGAACUCACAGAGGGAACUGCUAUAAUGAAGCAGUUCGAGAAGGCGAUGACGGCGGAGGAGAAGGAGAAGCUGUUCCGCGCGAUCGACUACCAGGAGAACACGGCGCCGCUGCACCUGCCCGCCGCGUACGUGGCCCUCGAGGCGCACUUCCGCCUGCAGCGGCUGCGGCUCGCCGUCGCCGACAGGGCGGACGUGCUGCAGGCCAGCCUCGACCGCGUGCGCCUCGACGCCGCACAGCGCCCGGGCGCCAACGCGCUCAGGGUCGACAUACAAAUGCAGUCCUUCACGGUUGCGGGCGUGAAACAGGGCGAGUUCGAGCCCCAAUUGGUGACGUCGCAAGAAGUCAACGAGAACGUAAACCUCUUAAAUGUUGUGUUCGAGACAAAUCCCUUGGAUGGUAAAUGUGACCAGCGCGUGAAAGUGUUGGCUCAGCCGCUUCAAAUUGUUUAUGAUGCACAAACUGUUAUUGAAAUCGUAAAUGUCUUCAAACCACCCACGGAAUCCACUGCCUUGACCACUUUGCAAGCCGCAGCAGAAAACAAACUAUCAGACCUUAAAGAAAAAUCUGCCCUGGGUAUGCAAUAUGCAGUGCACAAUCACACGUUCAUAGAUUUGGAUAUAGACAUUGCAGCUUCAUACAUUAUUGUACCACAAACCGGAGUAUACACAGGCAAUGAAGCAUGCGUGGUGGUGAAACUGGGUGCUAUAAGUGUGAAGUCGGAACCUCGCUCCGAGGCUUUGGACGUCCACAAACUGCAUAAAGAGGGGCUCGCAGACGAAGACAUAUUGCGAGAGAUAGCCAACCACAGCUACGAUAAGAUGGCGCUCAAGUUAACUGAAAUGCAGAUCGUGGUUGCCACGCCGAGCGAAGGGUGGCACUCCGCCAUCGCGUCCGACGUGGGCACGCCGCUGCAUUUGUUGCAGCCCACCAAUCUGGUGAUACAAAUCCACAAGUGCCUCAUCACAGACGACCCGCGAAUGCCCAAAGUGAAGGUGCGCGGGGAGCUGGAGAAGAUCGCCAUUAGCGUUUCCGAGGAUAGAUUGCUUACGUUGUGCGAAAUAUUAGUAAGCAUGCCUUUACCGCAAUCCGAAGAAGCGACGCAAUUAAAGGCAAGUGAUUCUAAGGCGUCAAGCUUAUCGCUUCUAAAGUAUUUGGAUCCAGCGGAAAAACAAAGGAGGGAUAUUGCACGCUCUAAACAAAGAAAAGAUGACGAGCAAAUUGUACAACUCACCGAAGUGGAAGCUUUCUUUAUAAUGAAAGAGCUGGUGCUCAGCGUGAACCGCAAGCCCUCGGGCCCCGGCGGCGGCUACGACCGGUUCCUCGUGUUCUCGCUGCGCCAGCUCGAGCUGCGCGCCACCCAGAAGACGUUCACGCUCGAGGCGGGCGUCAGGCUCGGCGGCGUCAGCAUGCGCCACCACCGCGCCGGCUUCCGCGCCAUCGCGAUGCUCGACACGCUCGACGUGACCGACGUCGCCGACGUGACAGACUCGCCCGUCACGCCCGUCACGUCCGUCACGCCGGUCACGCCCGCCGCGCCGGACCAGUCGGACGUCGCGUUCGACAUGCCCUCCGGCGCCAACGCCCGCUACCUGUUCGCUGUCACAUAUCGCAAUGUCGACAAGAAAUGCCCAGAAUUCAGAAGUCACUAUGGUUCCAUCGAGCAAUUGAUUGAGCUCGAUUUCACAACCCUUAGAGUUUUGCUACAUCUUCAAGGUUUGCAGGAAAUACUCGUAGUUGUCAACGAGUAUCAGACACGUUUGCAAGCUAUCCAAAGCAAAGUUGACAGAUACGCGAAUGCUGGUCCUUUGCAAACUAUUAUGGAGGAUGAGGAGUUCUCCGUUGCUAAAUCAAAAGCCAGCGUCACAAAAACGGCGCGCCGUAAGCAAGUGGAGAGCAUACAAUUGAAAAUCAACGUUAAGAUCGGCGCCGUAGAGAUCGGAUUCGAAACUGACAAGCGUCCGCUGUCCAACGUCAAGCUGCAGGGCGCCGCCGCUGGUUUGGUGCUGAAGAGCUCCUAUACUCAAGUAGACUGCACGAUUGCCACCAUCAAAGUGGAGGAUUUGAACCCGGAGACGGUUCAUAAAGAGAUUUUGAAAGUUCUCGGCGGGGAUGUCAUCAACGUACAAAUAGUGAUGUACAAUCUGGACCAGUAUCCGACCGUGAGCGAUGUCAACAUGUCGAUAGACGCACAAAUUAACUGUUUGCGUAUCGUCUUCCUCAACUGGUUCGUCACGUCCAUGUUGGAGUUCCUGAACAACUUCCAGAGCGCGCAGCAGGCGAUCAUCGAGGCGUCGUCGGUGGCGGCGGACGCGGCGCGCGCCAACGUGCAGACCGCCUACCAGAGCCUCACGAAGCUGUCGCUGAAGGUGCGCCUGGCCGCGCCGCUCAUCCUUCUGCCCGAGAACUCGGCCAGCCGCAGCGCGGUGCUCGUCGACCUGGGCCGCAUGACGCUCAACAACAAGUUCGUCGACCUCGCCGUCGCGAAUGACGACAACAAAGUGACAGUGGACGAAUUGAUGCUAGAGCUGGAAGAUAUGAAACUCUCCUGUGUCGAGCUCAAGGAGAACUAUCAGGAUGUAGCACACGAACGCAAACUGUUGCGACCGACCAGCUUCAAGCUGUUUGUCAAACGGAACCUGUCUCAGUGGUACGAAACUCUGCCGGACUUAGACAUAUCCGGAAGGAUGAAGACCAUUGCCAUCACAGUGGGCCACAGCGAUUACAAGAGUAUCAUGAGGAUUCUGAAUCAAAACCUCCAAGAGGGGCAGCGGAAAGCCGAAGAGACGAAGGCCGCACAGAACGUGACCAAAGCCACUUCGAAGGCGGCGGUGAAGAGCCAAGUGAGCAAAGCGCAGGUCAGGGCCGUCUCCACGCCCACCGAGGACAAGAAGCCCAGGACCACCAUCAAAUUCGCCUUCACGAUGGACAGCUUCGUCAUCGACCUGCUGAACAAUGCCCCCUUGGAGAGCGUCACUGGCGAUAGGGACGUGGAGUUGGCGCGCUUCUGCCUCGCACUGCUCUCGGUGAAGGGGCGAAUGUUCUCCGACGGCUCGAUGCACACCUCGCUGCUGCUGGUGGACUGCACCCUGGACGACACCCGCCCCGGCAGAGGCGCCAAGAUCACGCGGUAUCUCGAGCGACGGCGCGAUAAGCAAGACAGUUUUCUCGACGAAACCGAAGAUCUUAGUUCAGUUAUGGAGGCCAACGACAAAAUACGAAGCAUGAUCGAUAUCACCUACACUAUGAAGAAUUCUGAUACAUUCAUUGACAUGCGUAUAUUCAGCUUCAACCUGAUCUUGGCUAUGGACUUCCUGAACAAAAUUGCCGAGUUCAUGACCACCGGACUUGCUGAAGAUGCUCCGGACACAUCCACCAGCGAUCUAAAAGUCAUCAAACCGAGCGUCGACAAAACCGUUGAUAAUAAAAAGAAGGCGUCAACGACACACGCACCACAGAGCACAGAGUCGCCUCAGAACCCUUCUAUGAUGACGGUUAAUAUCAAGAUCGAGCAACCGGACAUUAUCCUAGUGGAAUCGCUCGAACAGAAACAAUGCGACGCUUUGGUGCUCAAUAUGGAGGCGCGCUUCAAGCUGCGGCGCACGGCGGAGCGCAUGGUGGCGGAGGGCGGCGUGUCGGGGCUGCAGCUGGUGCUGCGGCGGCUGGGCGGCGGCGCGGCGCGCACGCUGCUGGCGCCCACGCACGUGUCGCUGGCGCUCUCGCAGCCGCCGGCCAGCGGGCCGCACGUCGACCUCGCCGUCUCGGACGUCAAGCUCACCGUCUCCCCGGACAUAAUAGGACUGUUGAAUCGGGUGCUCGCCACAAUGACAAGCCGCGAAGAAGAUAACGUGGAAGAAGACAACAAGGCCAUCAUCUAUGACAGUUUGUGGGCUAUUCAGCCAUUCCGACCCAACUCAUACUGGUUUUUAAAAACUGAGGAAGCGGAGGAAGCUAUUAAUUUGGAUAGCGAGCAGAGCAACGAAGUAGCGAAGCCGCCGAUGGGCGAGAUAUGCCUGCUGUCCAGCCCCUCCAUUGUGGUGUCCCUCGAAAUGGAUAUCGGCAACGAGACGAUACCUGUACUAGUGAUGCAGGCGUCGCUCACUGCUCAAGUUAAGGAUUGGAGUUCCGAACUGUACAUGGAGUCGACGUGGGCGAUGCAGGUGUCUUACUACAACAUCGGGCGCGCCAUGUGGGAGCCGCUAGUGGAACCAGUCGAGGUGCUCAAGGACUCGCAGUACCGCCACGUGCCGUGGGAGCUCAAAAUGGAGGUUGUUAUGAAACCGCAAGAGAACCACGCCCAAAUCGACACAACAGACGAGGCGGUGAAUUUGCAAGCCGUCGCACAGAGGCAAGCAAACAAGACCAUCACCAUAUCAAGUAGUGAACCACUUGAAAUCACCAUCACCAGCAGUGGCAUGGAGGUGCUGACACAACUUGGCAAUUCAUUUGCCGCUGCGGUCGCUACUGAAAGUGAUAACGCUGUCGUAUCGAAGUCCAAGAUUGACGAUAGCCCCAAAAAGGAGUUCUUGGGCGCCCCGUACGUACUACACAACUGCAUCGGCUUGACGGCUAAGCUGUUGCUGCAAAACAACAAAGAUUUCUCAGUGUUUCUGACUGAAGAAUACAAAUCCAAUGAUUAUAGGGAAGUUGUUUUAGAGCCUGGCGCAUGCGUUCCGCUGCAACUGAAGCAUGGUGGUCUCAACAUGAUGAAACUAAAUGAACCACCACCACCCUUGAAGCUUAAUGUUAAGAUCGUCGAGUUGGACGAGGAGGUGGUGGUGCCGGUGGAGCGCGCGGACAAGCGGUACUUCGCGCUGGGGCGGCGGGAGGGGGCGGGUGGCGCGGGGGGAGCGGAGCGGCACGUGCCGCACGCCGCCGCCGUGGAGCCGCGCGGCCUCAUCUCCGACGUGGUGAUGCAGGACGCCGCGCUGCACAUCUACCUGCGCAGCGUCGUGCAGGUAACUAACACGCUGUCCGUGAACGUGUCGGUGUACUAUAUGACGUUGAGCGGCAACGAAGUUCGUUUACUCGGCGACGUGAAGCCGGCUGGCGUUCUGAGGUUGCCCCUACAAGCAGUGCACACACCCACUGCUGAGCUAUUCUUCUCCGUUGAAGGUUUUACAGUAUCAGUUUCGCCAUUUAUCUGGCGCGAAUUGCAGCAUGAAGUCAGGAUAACGAAGUUGCUGCAAUGUGAUUCCAAAGACAAAGCCAGCGGAGAAAAGUUUUACCUGAAGGCUGUUGGCACGAUGGAGCAAGUUUUCUACGAGAACACCAACCGUCACACCUUCGCAUCGUCCUGCUACGACAUUGUGCUAAAGCCGGCCGUUAAGCUGCAAAACUGCUUGCCAGUCGACAUCAUAGUAUCGCAGUUGGGCCUCAAAAGAACUCAGAUAUUCAAGCCCGGGGAAAUGUUCCACUUGUCUCACCUUUCUCCUAAUAGGGCUUCCAUAGUUGUAAUGAUACAAAGCUAUUUGGACAAAUGUUGGGUGUGCACAAAGAACCUUCCGGACGAGGAGACUGAGCUGUCAGUGUGGUCUUUCGAGUCCCACGACAGCCCCGCCGUCAUGUCAUUGGACCUCGGCAUGCAUAGCAUAGAUAUGGAAGGCACCCAAGUGCUCUCCCUGUACUGUCCCUUCUGGAUGCUGAACAAAACUGGUUUCACUCUGUGCUAUAGGAAAUCAAAGAAACCAGAAAAAGACUCCAGCUCCCCCAACAAGAGCGCCGACGAAACUGGCAACGUGAUCUUCCACCCGAAGGACUACAAGGAGCCGAUCCUGUUCUCGUUCAGGGCGAAGAACUUCUUCGGCAAGAAGAAGGCGGCGAUUAGAGUGGAGUUCGGCGAGUGGUCGGACAAGUUCUCCCUGGACGUUCCGGGGAGCUCGGGCGUCGUCAUCUGCAAGAACGAAGGGAGGACCUAUCAGGUGGCAGUCACGAAUCAGCUGACGUUCAACAGUCUUACGAAAAUGGUGAUAUUCACACCAUUCUUCCUGAUCAUCAACGAGGCACCCUUCGCCAUUCAGUACCAAGAGCUGCACCGCUCUGGCGAUCCGUGGAGAGAGGUGGAACAAAACUCGAGCGCGCCGUUAUGGCCCGUGGUGGAGAAGGAAGACAAACUGCUGCUGCUGCGUGUCGCCGGCUCUGCUGAGCACGCAGCUCCCUUCCUCUUCACCGAGCAGCACACCGUCUGCUUGAAGCUCAACAACGAGUACGGCGGGCUGAACGUGGAGGUGCAGCUGAGCGAGGGCGGCACGUACGUGACGGUGCGCCAGUACCGGGACGGGCACGCGCCCGCCCUGCUGGUCAACUUCUCGCCGCACCCGCUCACCGUCUACGAGAAGGAGAACGUCAACGUCAAAACAAUACCACCAAUGCAUCGAAUGCUGUUCACGUGGGAUAAUCCGGCUGGUCCCCGAAUUCUUAUAUUUGAAGGCCACAAGAAGAAAGAAAUCGAAAACGACCUCAGGAAAGAUGGCAUUGGCGAUUUCAUGAUCAACGAGACGCAGCGCGUGUCGUGGGUGUCGUUCCUGGACGGGCUGCAGCGCGUGCUGCUGUUCACCGAGGACCCGCUGCUGGCCAGCGGCGCGCACACGGUCGGCGAGGCGGAGCUGCUCGACACCGAGCUGGUGCUCGCCAUGCAGGGGCUCGGCCUCUCGCUCGUCGACGACUCGCAGGCGCUCGAGAUCGUCUACGUCAGCAUAUCCAAUUCUGGAAUAAUAUGGGAGCAGUGCAAAAUGGGCGCGCGGCGUUAUAAGAAGAUCGAAGGUCCCAAGCUUAUACAGUUGGAAGAGGCGUACCAGCGUUAUCUCGCCGAAAAGAUGAUCAGCGACGAGCCCGUUUCACCAAAGGUCGCAAUCGAUGAGAAGAUGGAAGUGGACUUCGAGGAGAUGCGGGUGCUGCGGCCGUCGGCGCGGCUGCUGCGGCGCACGCUGGAGCCGGGCCUGUGGGCGAGCUGCGGGCUGACGGCGCACUCGCGGCGCAUCCACGCGCGCCUGUACCGGCUGCAGGUGGACCAGCAGCUGCCGCUGCCCACGUUCCCCGUGCUGCUGGCGCCGGUGCCGCCGCCGAAGUCCGUCGCCAACGACGACCCGAACGGUAUGAAGCCUUUCAUCGAGGUGUCAAUAGUGGAACGUAUAAUGGAGCACAGCAAGGUUCGCCAGUACAAGUACUAUAAGGUGCUCAUCCAGGAGUUCCACGUCAAGGUGGACAUGGGCCUGAUCAAUGCACUCAUGGGCAUGUUCCCACAACGGCUGCUCACGGAACAGGAGGCGCUUGACGCGUUCCAACUGGACAUGGAAAGGGCCGGCCAGCCUCUGGAGGCUCUCGCUGCGUUAGGCGCCGCCUCCGAUCAGAAAAAUUUCUAUGACAAUCUACAUUUAUCGCCACUCAAGGUGCACGUAUCAUUUUCGCUGGGCGGUGCCACACAGCUGCCAACGUUUGUUGGAACUCUACUGCAAAGUAUUGGCGUCACAUUGACCGAUAUGAACGAUGUAGUGUUUAAGUUGUCGUACUACGAGAGGAAUUAUGAGUUCCUGUCACAAAAAGAACUGAUCUCCCAAGUCCAAAGCCAUUACACGGGCCAGGCUUUGAAGCAGCUGUACGUUUUGGUGCUCGGGUUGGACGUAAUUGGUAACCCGUAUGGACUUGUCAUCGGCCUCAAGAAAGGAGUCGAAGAUCUGUUCUACGAGCCCUUCCAAGGCGCCAUCCAAGGGCCGGGCGAGUUCGCGGAGGGGCUGCUGCUGGGCGUGCGCUCGCUCGUCGGCCAUACGGUGGGCGGCGCGGCGGGCGCCGUGUCGCGUAUCACCGGCGCCAUGGGCCACGGCCUGGCCGCGCUCUCGCUCGACAAGGAUUAUCAACGCCGCCGAAGGGAUAACAUCAACAAGCCACCAGCAAACCUGCAGGAAGGUCUGGCAAGAAGCGGGAAAGGUCUCGUCAUGGGCGUGGUGGACGGCGUGACGGGCGUGUUCACGAAGCCGUUCGAGGGCGCGCGCGACCGGGGCGUGGAGGGGUUCUUCCGGGGCCUGGGCAUGGGCGCCGUGGGGCUGGUGGCCAGGCCCACCGCUGGGGUCGUGGACUUCGCCUCCGGCUCGCUGGACGCCGUCAAGAGGGCUGCUGACCUGUCUGAGGAGGUGACGAAGCGUCGCGCCGCCCGCUACCUGCCCGCGGACGCGGGCGUGAGGCCCUACUCGCGCCUACAGGCCGAGGGCUACAGGCUGCUCUCCGAACUCGAGAAGGGUAAGUUCGUGAGCACCGACACGUACGAGGCGCACGUGUGGGUGAUCGCUGGUAAGGAGGUGGUGAUGUGCACCGACAAGCGGAUGCUCUACCUCGAGAGGAACAACGUCUUCGGCGGCUGGCAGAUCGUUUGGACGUACCUCUGGACGGACAUUCCGGAGAUCCCCACGCCCGUCAACAAGGGCGUCUACAUACCGACCGCCAAGAAGAAAGUGCUCGGAAUGUUCCCCAGCUCCGGUUCGGGCAAGGUGAUAUUCCUCUACGACGAGCUGCAGAAGAAAUACCUGCUGGCCCAAUGCGAGAGGCUGAUGCGGGCGUGCCGU